AUGAGCUCUCAAAUCUGCAGAUCUGCUUCCAAAGCAGCCAGGUCUCUUCUCUCUUCAGCUAAGAAUGCUCGUCUCUUCUCCGAAGGACGAGCCAUUGGUGCAGCUGUUUCUGCAUCUGGAAAGAUUCCUUUGUAUGCAUCUAACUUUGCAAGAUCAUCAGGUUCUUCUGGCUUCGCCUCGAAGAGCUGGAUCACCGGACUCCUAGCUCUUCCCGCUGCAGCCUUUAUGCUUCAAGAUCAAGAUGUUCUUGCUGCUGAGAUGGAACGCACCUUCAUUGCUAUCAAGCCUGAUGGAGUGCAACGAGGACUGAUAUCAGAAAUCAUUUCUCGAUUCGAACGCAAGGGCUUCAAGCUUGUUGGUAUCAAAGUCGUUUCUCCUUCCAAAGAUUUUGCACAAAAGCAUUACCAUGAUCUUAAGGAGAGACCUUUCUUCAAUGGCUUGUGUGAUUUCCUUAGCUCUGGUCCUGUUAUUGCCAUGGUCUGGGAAGGAGAAGGAGUGAUCAGAUACGGACGUAAACUUAUUGGAGCAACUGAUCCUCAGAAGUCUGAGCCCGGGACAAUCCGAGGAGAUCUUGCAGUUAGUGUUGGGAGGAACAUAAUCCAUGGAAGUGAUGGACCAGAGACUGCAAAGGAUGAGAUCAAUCUGUGGUUUAAGCCACAAGAACUUGUUUCUUACACCAGUAACGCUGAGAAGUGGAUCUAUGGCGACAACUAA